AUGCUGGGAAGACCGAAAUCUGCGGCGGCAGAGAGCAAGAGCGGCAAGACCACGCCGCCGACGCCCAAGGGCGGCAGCAGGCCGAGCAAGCCGGGGGCCGCCAAGCCGGCCAAUGGCACUCCGCCGCAGGCGCCGCGCGCCGCCGACAGGUCCCCUGGUUCGGCGGACAAGCCGCCGUCAGGCGACCGCCGCACACCCAAGGUCUUCGCCCGCCUCAGCACGCCGCCUGCAGAGAAGCAAAGCAGCGCCGUGAAGCAGUCUCACGAACUGCAGGCGCAGCUCGCCGCGGUUCAGGAGGAGCUGAAGAGGGCAAAGGAGCAGCUGGCGGAGAAGGAGAACGAGAAGGUCCAGGCACUUGAGGAGCUGGAGGAUGCCAAGCGGCUGGCCGACGAGGCCAAUGCGAACCUGCUGGUCAGCGCUCGCAGCGCGGAAGAAGGCGGAGGAGGCCUCCGAGACCGAGAUGUUCCGCGCGGUCCAGCUGGAGCAGACGAGCAUGGAGUCCAUGCAGAGGAAGGAGGAGGAGCUGCAGAGGAAGCUGGAGAGCAUGCGGAGCCAGCAGGAGUCAGAUGCUGCGCGCGCUGCGGUCCACAGUGGAGCAGCUCGAGAAGGCUAGUGAAUGCUCAUAAGGUGGAGGUCCUCAACACAGAGGUUGCUCGCCUGAAAGAAUUGCUUGACACUGAGCUGGAGAGCAAAGAGAGGGAAGGCGCUGAGCAAAUCAUGAGGCUUGGGGCAGAGGUCUCUACACUGAAGAUUGAGCUCCAGAAGGCAAAGGAUGCUGAAGAGAAGGUAGCUGAAUUGGGGGAUGUGAUUGAAGCGCUGAGAGUUGAUGCUGCCAAUGCUAUGAAGGCCAGAGCAGAGGCAGAGGGGCUAGCUGAUGAAUGGAAGCAAAAGGCUGAAAUUCUGGAAAUUAAAUUGGAGGCAGCCAACCAGUCUUACAUGUUGAAGGUUGAUUCCUUGAACUCGGUGAUGAAAGAAUUGGAUGCAGCAAGCACCUUGCUUUCGGAGAAAGAGUCUGAACUUUCUGACCUUCAGAACAAGUUGCAGGCUUUGGACGAAGAGGGAGAGAUCAAUGAGCUUCAGUCAAAGCUCCAAGCACUGGAAGAAGAGAAGAUGGAUGCUAUUAACAAUGAGAAUAAUGCAAGUUCACAAAUUGAAUCAAUAUGUGAAGAGAAGGAGAGGCUGGCUAAGGAACUAGAAACUAGCAAAGGUGAGUAUGAGAAAGUUAAGAAGGCUAUGGAAGAUCUAGCCUCAGCAUUGCAUGAAAUGUCUGGUGAGGCAAGAGAGGCACGGGAGAGGUACCUGAACAAACAAGAAGAGAUUGAGCGUGCCAAGGCACAAAUAGAGGAGCUCAACAUGAAUCUCAAGAACACCCAGGAGAACUAUGAAGUGAUGCUUGAUGAAGCAAACUACGAGAGAGUCUGCUUGAAGAAGACGGUGGAGCGAAUGGAGGCAGAAGCGAAGAAUACAUCUGAGGAGUGGCAAUCCAAAGAGGUCAGCUUUGUGAGCUCCAUCAAAAAGUCAGAAGAAGAAAUUGGUACAAUGAGAGUUGAGAUGGAUAAGGCGGUAGAGAAGGUGCAAGAAUGCGAAAAUAGAAAUGCUUUGCUGGAGGAGAAGCUGAAGGAGCUGGAAGCUCAGGUAGAGGAAGCGAACAGAGCCAAGGAUGAAGCCAAAGCUGAAGCUUUGAGCUGGAAAGAAAAGCUGCUAGACAAAGAGAAUGAAUUGCAGAACAUAAAACAGGAGAAUGAUGACCUACAGGUCAAAGAGUCGAAUGCUUCAGAGAAGCUGAAGGAGCUAUCUUCCAUGCUUGGCAAUGGUAAAGUGCUAAAUGGAACAGGUCCAAAAGAUGAGAAUGACAAGGGAAAUACGAAGGAUGAUGAUCCUGUAGUGAUCGCUACAAAGAUGUGGGAGAACAGCAAGGUCACUGACUAUGAUCUAUCUACAGAGAAGGAGAAAGACGGUGAAUCAGAAUUUGAUCUGGAGUCCAACAAGGGAGACGCUGCCUCAGACGGCCACAGGUUGUCCAUAGACAACAGGGUGAACAACAACACGAAGCUGGCAAUCAAGCAGCAGCAACCGAAGAAGCCUUUGAUGAAGAAAUUUGGUGGUUUGUUGAAGAAGAAAAGCCAACAUUAG